GAAGGAAACUGGCAAAGGAUGGAAAAGGUUCCAGGCGGAGGCAGUUACGGAGCGGAGAGCCCUGCUCCCCCGGCACUGCCCUCUAGGAAGCCUGCGCGUCCGCUCGUGGGACCCGGUCCCAGACAGCCCAGCGAGGAGACUCUGGACAGCCCCACAGGAUCCCAUGUGGAAUGGUGUAAACAGCUGAUCGCUGCCACAAUCUCCAGUCAGAUCUCUGGUGUCGUGCCCUCUGACCCCGUCUCCCGGGAUUACAAGGUUGGAAGGAUGCCGGACUUGCGGGUUUCCAAGAGGCCUGAUCUGAGGGAGCCUGCGGACGGAGCCAACGGCUGUCACUCGGACACAGACUCUGAGUUCGCUCCUCACUCCUCGGCUCUGAGGGACGGCAACAAACUGGCACAGAUGGAGGAGGCACCGCGGAUUCCAGGAGAGUCCAUCAAAGCCAUUGCUAAAGAUGUGAUGUACAUCUGUCCGUUCACUGGUGCUGUAAGCGGUACCCUCACUGUCACAGACUACAAGCUGUACUUCAAGAGCAUGGAGCGGGAGCCACCUUUUGUAUUGGAUGUCAAUCUGGGAGUGAUCAGCCGGCUGGAGACCAUUGGAGUGCAGAGUCAUGGAGAGAACUCCUGUGGCAUGGAGAUAGUGUGUAAGGAUAUGAGAAACCCCAGGUUCGCAUACAAGAAGGAAGAGCAAAGCAAGCUGGAGAUUUUCGAAACCCUCACAAAACAUGCUUUCCCCCUGUCUCAGGAUUUGCCACUGUUCGCAUUCCUUUACAAAGAGAUGUUUCCUGUUGAUGGCUGGAAAGUAUAUGACCCUAUAGCUGAAUACAAAAGACAGGGGCUGCCCAAUGAAAGCUGGACGAUCAGUAAAAUCAACAGUGGUUAUGAAGUGUGUGACACGUACCCCGCGCUCCUUGUGAUUCCCACCAGCAUUCAAGAUGAGGAUCUGAAAAGAGUGGCUGCAUUCAGAACCAAACAGCGCAUCCCUGCUUUAUCCUGGAUCCAUCCUGAAAGCCAGGCUACGAUCGUGCGAUGCAGCCAGCCGAUGGUGGGGCCGACAGACAAGCGAUGCAAAGAGGAUGAGAAGUUCUUACAGACGAUAAUGGACGCCAAUGCCCAGUCACAUAAGCUCACCAUCUUCGACGCCAGACAGAGCAGCGUGGCGGUAACAAACAAGACGAAGGAUGGCGGGUUUGAGAGUGAGAGUUUCUACCCGAAUGCUGAGCUGACCUUUUUGGACAUCCCCAACAUUCAUGUAAUGAGGGAAUCUCUCCGCAAACUGAAGGAGGUUGUGUACCCCGUGAUCGAUGAAGCCAAGUGGCUGUCCAAUGUGGACUCCACACACUGGCUGGAGUACAUUCGGCUGCUCCUGGCGGGAGCAGUGCGGAUCGCGGACAGGAUCGAAUCAGGGAAGACGUCAGUGGUGGUGCACUGCAGCGAUGGGUGGGACCGCACUGCCCAGCUCACCUCCCUGGCCAUGCUGAUGCUGGACAGCUACUACAGGACCAUCAGAGGCUUCGAAGUGCUCAUUGAGAAGGAGUGGGUCAGCUUUGGGCACAGGUUUGCCGCGCGUGUGGGCCAUGGGGACGAGAAUCAUGCCAACUCCGAGAGGUCCCCUCUCUUUGUGCAGUUUAUCGACUGUGUCUGGCAGAUGAUGAGACAGUUUCCAACUGCCUUUGAAUUCAAUGAGCUGUUCCUCAUCACGAUCUUGGACCACCUCUACAGCUGCCUCUUUGGAACCUUUCUGUACAACAGUGAAGUGGAGAGACAGAGCAAGGAAGUGCACACAAAGACUGUGUCGCUGUGGUCAUACAUCAACAGCCAGUUGGAAGACUUCACCAAUCCCUUCUAUGUGAAUUAUGAGAACCACAUCUUGUACCCAGUGGCCAGCCUGAGGCACUUGGAGCUUUGGGUGAAUUAUUAUGUCAGGUGGAAUCCUCGCAUGAGGCCUCAGAUGCCAGUGCACCAGAAUCUGAAGGAGCUGCUGGUGAUCCGUGCGGAGCUCCAGAAGAAGGUGGAGGAGCUGCAGAGAGAGGCCGCCGCCCACUCCAUCUCCUCCUCCUCGGACCGGGGGUCCUCUCCCUCCCAUUCCAGCACCCCACUUCACACCACUGUCUGAGCAGACCCCUCCCCCGGCACUGCAGCCUGAUCUCCCACCCUGUGUCACUCACACUCUCCUCUGGAAGGAAGAGAUUUCACUCACACCGCUGCCAGUGCACAAGGGAAGGGUUUACCAGACAAACAGGUACACAACGGCCUAAUCCAGUUUAUAUUGUAGAAACUGCAUCCUCUUACAUAAGCACACCAGGUCCUGCACUUCUUUGGAGAGACUAAUAGAUCUGAACGUCUUCAUCAGCACAAACCUAGCUUUCAGCAGAAUCUGAAGAGGUUCAAACUGCUGUGCAAUAGGAAUUGUCUCCUCAUGGAAAUGGUUGGAAUAGGGUCUCCAUCUCUCCUGCAAAUAGUUCUAGCUAGAGCUGUACUUUAUACACACCCUGGUGUUAUAAUUAAUUUCCUGUGUACUGCCAUUUGUCUGUCUGUUAUUAACACUGAUCACUUGUCAGUUCCGGUGUCUAUGCUAAUGACACCAUAUCCAUGAGCAAAACAAAUAAGGAAUUCCUUCCAGGGUGAGAGCACUCAUGUAACUCAUAAUUCCUUACAUUGAUAUGGCGCUUUUUAUCCCAAAGGAAUCUGAAGCGCUUUACAUACAGUAUAGACCCACUUCUAUCCAACACCGUGCAGCACCCACCUGGGAGACUCAUGUCAGCCAUUCUCUCAGAAGCCCCACUACACACUAGAGCAAGGGGAGGAGUGGGAAACUGCUCCAUCUGGGAACUAUAGGGAUGCUUAGAGAAGAAUUUAGACAGGACACCCCUGUUCUUUCGGAAAGUGCCAUAGGAUCUUUAAUGACCAUGUCUCAUCUGAACGACAGCAUCGCCUGCAGCACAAUGUCCCCAGCACAAUACUGAGGCAUUGGUAUGGAAAUGCUGGUCCAGUGGGAAAAAUGUCACCGACUGGUCCACCAACAUCAGGUCUGUCAUCAACUGAGCAGCCCAAAGUUGCUUGAGUCCUGAUAUCUGAUGAGGUUGGGCCAGAAGGUGAUUGCAGCUUCCUGUUGAUAGAUAGAGGACAGACUAGGUAUUUUGAGAAAACAAAUACCUCUUGCAUAGAAAGGUUUAUGGUCAGGCACCCCAGAACCCAGUUGUAAGUAAUUAAUUCUGUGCUGGGCAAGUGAUGUGUAAGAGUUUGUAUACAAGAGCAUUGAUCUCUACCUUCUUAAGAGAUUUUGAAAUGGUUGACAUAAUACUGUAUAUAAAGAUAAAUAUAUAUAUUUUAAUGUUUUGCAAUAAAUAUUUAUUGUAAUGUUGUUCAAUUAGCUUCCCAACUCUAGAAAAGGCCCAGUCUGUUGCAGUGAAAUAUUUGGUCCUAUUGCAUGUUGUACAUUAGCAGGUUUAAAUUGCACAGCCCUCAAGAGAACAUUUGUUUUCACGUUCUGCACACAGGACAAUUUCUGCAGCACUUCACACGAAAGAGCAGACGAAGAUAAAACACAAUUAUUAAAUCCUAGUUAAAAGAUUUAUCACACAGAAAUGUUUUUAGUCCUGAUUUAGCAUCUCAUGCUUCUGAAUGUCAGCCCUGACUAUCUCGGGAUAAUGAGCUACCUCCCAUCUCCCCGUGGGAGGCUCACAGACAGUGAAAUAUGAGGAUAGCUCAGAUACCUUGAUUAAUGUGUUUGCUCUAAUAAUUUUAUUUUGUCCUAUUCAGUCACCACUCUAUUUGUUCAGAAUUGCAGCUGAAAAUGGGGAUAACAUUGUUUUUCCUAUGCAGCCAAAAACUUUACUAUUUUAUGGUCCUUUCUACACGCAGACACAAUGUGCUCCUACUGUACGUGAGACCUGUAGUAUGGACAGUAUGUAUUUUUUAACUGCCUUCUUUCUUUAUUGAUGAUGACUUUGGAAAACAAUGUGUAUUUAACCUCUAUGACACUCCACCCCUGAAAAUUCACCACACUGACCAGAAGAAAAUUACUGUAAAUCAGUUCUUUCUAACAAAUCCCAUGUGAAGAAAUCGCAGUUACCACUGACAAUUCAACAAUGUCUAUUGAAGCAAAAUUAGUAGCAGUCAAUUCAUUUUAAAAUAAAAUGAGACUUUGUGCUUUACAAUUAAAUGGUACAGACAAAUUGGUUUUACAAUUAUCUGCUCUCGGGUCUUCAGGAGUUUAAUAACUCGGCAGCCCCCUGUAAUCAAAAGGAACAUCACAGUGUCUCUUUGCAUCUCAAUAAAAACAGUCCUGAAUGCCUUCUAACAUAGCUUAGCAUGUAACAUUCUGUUGCAUGAUUCUUGCAAGGCUAUUCACUUGCCUUUAGGGAUAGUAUAGGAUAAUAUAUUUUCAUUUUCUACGGAGUAGAAAAGUUUAUUUGACCUGAGCUAUUAAACUAUCAAAUGAAUAAGAUGAGCCAGAUGGCUUCACCUCAUUUUCAGCCUUUUUAUGAUGCAAUGGGCAGUUGUAUCAGUGUGCAAAGCUGCAAAUGAACAAGUAAAUAUUAAUCCUACUCUGAAAAAAAGAUGGUUUGUUGUUUCUAUGUUUUGAUUAUUGUAGUUUGUAUAAUUCAGUCGUCUUGAAGAUUAUAAGGAUCUUAAUUGAAUCCCUGUGGAUAAUGGGGUACUCUCAGCAGUGCCCUACAGCUAUCUAAAAGACAUUUAAGGAAACUAUUGUGACGAUAGGAAACACAAUAUAAUAGACAACAUGUCUAUGAUAACACAAUAUCACACAAAAAAGUUCGUGGGAGCAUAAAUCAGCUUGUUAAAGCUGGGUUCGUUCAUGAAACAGCUGAGUGAGAUCUGUACAUCAAUUUCCUACUACCUGUCAAACAGACUAGCUGGGCAAAUGAAUCGCCUACUCUCCUUUUAAAACCUUAUAUUUUUGUAGAAAAAAAAUGUUCAAAGGCAUUGUAUAUGCAACCAGUGAGUGUUGGAACCAGUCAUCUGUGAUACCUGUUACAAAGAACCAAUUUAGCCAAUAUAACAAAAAAAGUUAAAGUAUGUGCAUUAUACUUGGGCAAAGAUUUUUUUAAGCAGGAUGUUUGGCACCGUUGUUUGAUAAAUGCAGAUUAAAUUUUGCUCUGUGACCUGAAACUGACAGUUUCACUUCACUGUAUGCCAGUAUUUGCUAAAAAGCUCCAUCUCUGAAAGAGGGAAUAUUUCUAAUAUAUCCUAACUUAGUGCUUUUUUAUUAUCCAUUUAUAAUUGAAUUGUUAAAAUUGACUUCACACAAAGUUCCUUAAGCACAUUUAACUCAAAAAUGAAAAUUAUGAAAGCAUAUAUUCUGACAGGUGUUAUUUUUUUAAUUUACAGUAUUUCAUGGUUAUAAUGCAAUAAUUGCAGCUGAGCAUACUGCAACUUAGUGUUUCAUGCCUUCAUUAAGUCUGUUGUGAGUGAUGUGUCUUUUGACUUUAGAGAUGUGCCAUAUCUUUGGAGAAACUUAAAACAUUCCAUUAUAAUAAAUCUUGAACCAUGA